AUGGCCGACAUGCUGUGGCCUGGGUUGACCUUUGCCCUUGCUAUGAUAUUCGGCACCAUUCCCUGGCAAUCGUACUUCCAGCGUGUGUUGUCAGUCCGGAGUGUAAAACAGGCCCUGGUGCUCUCUGUUCUGGCCGGGAUGGGAGCUCUGAUCCUAGCUGUUCCCCCAUUCCUUAUCGGUGCUCUCAGCACAGCUGCCGAUUGGUCCAACUCAAGUCUGACCGGUGGCCUUGACCCUGUCAGUGCCAACAUGAGCAGCAUGAUCCUGCCCCUUGUUCUCAAAGAGUUCACGCCAGAUGCUGUGUCCAUCAUAGGUCUUGGGGCAAUCUCAGCAGCAGUCAUGUCUUCCAUGGACAGCUCCAUCCUGGGGUCCAGCUCCAUGUUCACCCACAACGUCUACAGAACGGCGAUCAGGACACACGCAUCAGAACAAGAGUUGAUGUGGAUACAAAGAACAUCAAUCUUGAUGAUCGGAAUAAUAGCAACCGUACUGUCCAUAUUCGUUAGGACAGUGUGGGGACUGUUUGUCUUGGCCGCGGACAAUGUGUUCGUCAUCGUGUUACCUCAGCCAUGCGCACUCUUCCUUCGAGCAACGAACGGAUAUGGCGGAAUUGUGGGAUUUGCUCUUGGCACUGUUUUGAGGAUCGGUUCUGGUGAAAGCUUUUUGGAUCUCCCUCCAUUUAUUUUCUACCCAUUUUAUGACCAUGAUGUGCCAGAACAACUGUUUCCAUUCAGGACAUUCGCCUUUGUUGUAUCGUUACUUGGUUUGAUAAUAGUUUCUUACGUGAUGAAGUUCUUGUUCGAAAGGGAAAUUCUUCAUCCGAAGUAUGAUUUUUCUCGGAGCUCUGAAAUCAGGAUCUGCGGACAUAACCUUAAAAUACACAGACAAAAAUAAUGGCGUUGAGCUUGACAAUGUACAUACGGCUGAGAAGUCACCCAGUUAAGCCAGUACAACUGCAGGUUUGUCGUGAGCUAACUGGUGACAGCACAUUAGUACUGGCAGAGAUUCAUGCAUUGGCGUUCAAUGAACAUGUUGGUGUUACGAGCUCACCUGGAUUUCCACUUCGCAUAGAUAAUUUAGGCCCCAUCUACGAAGAUGAUUUUCGCUUUGCACUCAUAGUCAUUUGGAUUAUCGAUAACUAUUUACAACAUGCGUUUAUAUAUUCAUUUAUCUGCAACCUAGGUACUGUGUAACACAAAUACUGGAGUCGAGCGUAACAAUGCUCCUAUGGCUCAGACGUCCCCACAGUAACAUGAGUAAUUACCAGUAAUAGCAGAAGUUCAUGCUGUUAAAUGAAAACGUUUAAUAACUCAAAAAUGAGGUAUAAGAAGAAUUGUCUUUCGACUAGUCUAAAAUAGAUUCUAAAGAAACUUACGUCAAAUGGAAAAAAGAUGUAGAACAUAACGUUGAAAUGUAAGGGAUUCUUUAAAUUGUAUAUGUCAGUAUACUGGGGAUAUGUCUGAUAUACUACUCAAAGUCACUCUAUGGCAGAUCCUUUCAAUUAAUUUCCUCUUUGAAUUUACAUCUGAUGAGUUAUUUUAUUUGUUUGUUUGUUUGUUGUUUAACGCCGCACUCUGCUAUAUUCAAGCUAUAUGUAAAUAAUGGAAACUGAAUAUGACAACCAGUGAUCAACAGCAUGAGCAUCGAUUUACGCAACUGGGUUACGAUGAUGCGUGUCAAACAAGUCUGCAAACCUGACCACCCGAUCCAGUUAGUCGUCUCUUACAACGAGCAUAAAGACCCGGAGCAUCACUGGUAUUGAUAUAUUCGUUGUAGUUACAUGCAUUUAGCUCCGUAUGGACGUAUUUCGGAUAAUGUUUUUGUUAUUUGUACACGCUUAGUUAUAAUGAUGCUGUUGAUAUACUCGUCUACUUAAUUCAUCAUUAAAAUACAUCUCCCAUGA